CAAAGCAAAUCACUAGUAGUAAAACAAGAAACACACAAUGGCAUCAUCUCCAGCCGCCACUUCCGCGGUGCUCGCCGUCGUCCUCGUGGCGACCCUCGCCGCCGGGGCCAACGCCGCCACGUUCACCAUCACCAACCAGUGCUCCUUCACGGUGUGGCCGGCGGCGACUCCGGUGGGCGGCGGCGCGCAGCUGGAGCCGGGGCGGACGUGGGCCAUCGACGUGCCCGCCGGCACCAGCUCCGGCAGGGUGUGGGGCCGCACGGGGUGCUCCUUCGACGGCUCCGGCCGCGGGGGGUGCCAGACCGGCGACUGCGGCGGUGCGCUGUCGUGCACCCUCUCCGGGCAGCCGCCGCUGACGAUCGCGGAGUUCACGCUCGGCGGCGACAAGGACUUCUACAACCUGUCGGUGAUCGACGGGUUCAACGUCGGCGUGAGCUUCUCCUGCAGCUCCGGCGAGACGCUCACCUGCCGGGAGAGGAGCUGCCCCGCCGCGUACCAGUUCCCCGACGACAACUCCAAGCUGCGCUCCUGCAACGGCAACAGCAACUACCAAGUCGUCUUCUGCCCUUAGUAGUCAUGACGACGAUGACCUACUCAUUCUGAUGCAUGCAGCUCUGCGCACUAGCUUUACUGCCAUAUGAUCAGAUGCAUAUGGGUGCACGCUUUAGCUAGCAUGCUGAUUAGGGAAUUAUUAUGUAAUAAUAAAGUUGAAUAUUGAUGAAUAAAACAACUA